CAAAAUGUUUUUAACUUCAGUGUGGGGUACCUUUGUCCUCAAUUACCUUUCAUGUUUUGUAAAACUAGAGAGAGAUCAGGUUUGAUUUUUUUCACUAACGAGGUCAACUGAACACUCAAAGUCUUGCAACUUGGGAGUAUAGUUCAAAUCACGCGAUGUUCAAUUAAUUGUUGUGUUUUUCUAUCUGUGUUUGCUCUUUCUCUUAGACUGAAAUACCAGAUCAUUUGUUCUUAAGAUAAGCCACUGACAUCUCCUCAACCCUAUCUUGCUGAUCCUCUAUUUUCAUUUUUUUUUUCCAGUUGGGUACCAAAUGGGAUUUCAUAGUUUCUUCUUGUCUGCCAUUUUGAUACCAUAUAUCAGUUUUGGGACUAGUACUCUUGAAUUGCAGAACUUUAUAAGUAGUCCUAAUGAUUUGAAAGCCUUGACUGGAUUCUCUAGCUGCUUAGAAUCAGCUAUUCCAGACUGGAACAGCUCCACAUCCCCUGAUUACUGCACUUGGUCUGGUGUCACAUGUGUAGGCACAAGGGUGAUUCGCUUGGAACUAGGAAGCAAAAGACUUAAUAGCAAAAUCUGUGAAUCCUUAGCCGGUUUGGAUCAACUAAGAGUCUUGAACCUUUCUCAUAAUUUCUUCACUGGCUCUCUUCCAGACAACUUGUUUCAUCUUCAAAACUUGGAGGUCAUAGACUUCAGCAAUAAUCAUUUUGAAGGUCCUAUAAAUACAUUUAUCUGUUCCUCUUUACCUCGGCUCCAGGUAUUUAAACUAUCUAAUAACUUCUUUUCUGGUGAGAUUCCAGGAAAUUUGGGUAAUUGUUCCUCUCUGAAGCAUCUGUCCAUUAAUGGAAAUGAUUUGUCAGGAAGCCUUCCAGAAAACAUAUUUUUGCUACAAAAUUUGAAUGAACUAUACCUGCAGGGUAAUAAGCUAUCAGGGCCACUGAGUGAGGGACUUGGUAAGCUUUCAAACCUAGUGGAAUUUGACAUCUCCAGUAAUGAAUUUUCUGGAAUUCUUCCUAACAUCUUUGGGAGCCUAACAAGGCUUAAGUUUUUCUCUGCUGAGUCAAAUAAAUUCACUGGUCAAUUGCCUGCAUCACUUGUGAAUUCCCCAUCUCUUCAAUUGCUUAAUAUGAUCAACAACUCUUUGGGUGGUUCAAUUAAUUUGAAUUGUUCUGCAAUGAAAAAUCUAACCAUCGUUGGUCUUGGUUCUAAUCAACUCCGUUGUCCAACUCCUGGUAGUCUAUCAAAUUGCUCAAGAUUGGAAGCAAUUGAUCUUACUGGUAACCAUUUCAACUGUGGGAUUCCUGUUAAUUGCAAUAAUCUUCAGUCCUUAACUGAAAUCUACCUUGCAAGAGCCAGACUGCAUAAUUUAUCAUCAACCCUAGAGGUUUUAAGUCACUGCAGGAAUUUAAGUUCUGUAGCACUUACAAAUAACUUCCAUAAUGAAGAAAUGCCUCAACCACAGGGUCAAAAUCUUGGAUUCAGUAAUCUCAAGGUUCUUGUCUUAUCCAACAGUCAGAUAAAAGGUUCAUUUCCAAAAUGGUUAAGUGGAUGCAAGAUGCUGCAGAUGUUGGAUCUGUCAUGGAAUCAUCUCAGUGGAAGCAUUCCUUCAUGGAUUGGCAAAUUGAACAACCUUUAUUACUUGGACUUGUCAAAUAACUCUUUCACUGGCAACAUACCACAAGGCUUGACCGUGGUCUUAACCCUCCAGUUCAGGAAUUUAUCACUAGAAGGAAUCAUUUUUGCCUUUCCCUUUUAUGUCAAUGGGAAUGUAAGAAAUGCUUACAAAAAAGUUUCAAGUUUUCGACCAUCUUUAUUGCUCAGUUACAACAAACUUGAAGGACCAAUUUGGCCAGGUUUUGGCAAUCUGAAAGGGCUACAUGUAAUGGACCUAAAACACAACAGCCUCUCAGGACUAAUUCCUUGGCAGUUAUCAGGCAUGACAAUGUUGGAGAUUUUGGAUUUGUCUCACAACAGACUCUCAGGAGAAAUACCGCAAUCAUUAAUUAAAUUGAGUUUCUUAUCCUCAUUUGAUGUGUCAUAUAAUGAGUUGCAUGGGGAAAUCCCAGAAAAGGGACAGUUUGAUACCUUUCCACCUACAAACUUUGAAGGAAACAGGGGUCUCUACUACCGCCAUGAUACUUCAGGCUUUAUGCCUUCUCCACCAGAUGAGGCUCGUGCUCAGCCUCAUCACCAGAAGCUGGAGAUCAUUGGUUUUCCAUUCUUGUUUGGUGCUCUUGCUGGUUUUCUCAUAACCAUUGCCAGGAGUUUUGCUUCUGGAUGGGUAUUUUCAUAGACAAACAAUGGAUGCAUGACCUGAUGACCCUGUCACCGAGCAAACUACGAAUAAUUUGUAAAAUAUGUGUUUCAGGUAUGAGCAAUAAUAUGUUAUUUAUACUAUGAAUAAUUUGUAAAAUACAUGCAUUAUCCUCCCAUAAGAAAAACAAAGUUAUUAUU